AAAAUUUUUGUCUCGUUAAUGAACUUAGAAAGUCAUACACAUACCGGCACACAAGUUGAUACUUUGGAUUUUAUACCUUCAGUUAAAGAACUUCCUCAUAAUUUUGAUCAUCAUAAUAAACUUCUGCUUGAUGCCAGCAAUCCAUUAUUGUGGAAUAUUAAAAAAUAUGAGACGGACUUAAAAAACGAACGUAAAAAGCAGUAUAUUUCCGUUAGAAGUCUGACUUUUACGCCUGAAGGGAACUACUUAAUAGGAGGGACAAUUUCUGGUUCUCUUUAUAUUUGGAACGCACUAUUAAUGCUCAGUGAAAAUGACGAUCUUCGUGCGGAACACACUAAACCAUUUCGGGUAAUUGAAAACAUUUCAUCUUCAGCAAUUCAUUAUUUUCUCGUAGCGGAAGAUCUUUUAUUUUGCGGUACUGAUACUGAUCUCCGCUGUUUUUCCUGGAAUGAAAUUUUAAAUAGUAAAAAUGCUAAACCGGAGUUUACUAUAAAUGUUCCGUCGUCAUCUUUAAAUUCUAUAAAUUUUGAAAUAAACCAAAUACGCCACUUUAACGGCCUGCUCUACCUCGCCACCGGAGACUCACGUGUGCACAUAUUUAGUAUUCAAGAGAAAAAGUUCAUAAAAAGCCUUGUGGGCCACUCCGGGUAUGUAUUGUGUUUGGAACUUUAUAACAACUGUAAAAUUGUUUCUGGUGACAGCGAAGGCUUCAUUAAAAUAUGGAAUAUGUGUGACCUUUUUUGUGAGUCAACUUUGGUUCCAACAUUUUCUAAGGAAAUGAACGGAAUAUUUCCUCCAAUCAGUGAUAUGUGCAUCGAUACUUCUGCCACAUGGUUGGUUGUUUUGAGUGGAAAGCACAUUGUGCUGUGGCAUCUCCCUUCGCAGACUCAGACUUUUUGCCUUCGCUCUCACGUGCUCCUCCGCUGUAUUUGUUGGGUGGAAAAUACGAUCGUUGUUGGCGGAAAUUCGAACAUUUUAUAUUGCUACGAAUUAGACGGAAGACUGAUAAGCAUGGCGGAAACUGCCAUUCCCAGCAUCUAUAGGCUUGCCCAUCACGAGCAGUUGGGCAGAGUCUUAGUCUGCGCUGGCAAAGGCCACCGAUUGGGUGUCUUCAUUUCUUUAAACUAUCAGUCGUAUGAAUUGUCGUUGUAUUAA